GUUUAAAUGCUCAUCAAGAAAAGAUUAGUGGGGGCAACGUUGAUAUUCAGGGUAAACUUCAGCAAAGGUUUGGUGACAAUUUCAUCAAUAAUCAGUAGUUAAUACUGGCCUGAACCCAAUUGCCUGGGGUUUAUACUUUUGAUUACAAAAGCAAAAAUUCCAGUUUCAGUUUGCUCUUCCUUCGUCUUUCUCGCAAGCCCCAUCAUCAAUUCCAGGCUUUAUAGCUAAUAAAAGUGCCUAAUUUAUCCGCCAUUCAGCUAGUGAGUUUUUGUAAGUAAAUCAAGUGAAAAAAAAUAAUGGCUGGAAGAAAUCGUGGGCCUCCUGUGCCAGUCAAAGGUAUUGCACAUGGUGGGAUGCUUCCACCUGUUCACGAAUCUCCUCAGUUUGUGAGAGGCCGUGGGCCAGUUCCUCAUCCUGCAUUGCUGGAGGAAAUGAGAGAACCACCGAUGGGUAUGGAUCCUAGACAACUUCUUCCUCACCCUGCUAUUAUAGAGGAGAGAUUGGCUGUUCAACAUGAUGAGAUUCAAGGUCUGCUGAUUGAUAACCAGAGGUUGGCUGCAACACACGUGGCGCUCAAGCAGGAACUGGAAGUUGCACAGUUUGAGCUUCAGCGCACGCAUGAGUAUGCAGGUUUAUUGCAUGCAGAGAAAGAUAUCCAGAUGAGAGAACUUUAUGAGAAGUCUGUCAAAAUGGAUAGGGAUCUUCAGGCGGUGGAUAGCAUGAGGACUGAACUUAUGCGAGUACAUGGUGAUGUUAAGGAACUAACUGCAGCAAGGCAAGAGCUUACAGCUAAGGCUCAAUUGAUGACUGAAGAUUUGGCUAGAAUGACUGCUGAGUUACAGCAGGUCCCUGCGAUAAAGGCAGAGAUUGAAGGUUUGAAACAAGAAUUGCAGCGAACUAGGACUGCUAUUGAAUAUGAGAAAAAGGGGUAUGCAGAGAAUUAUGAGCAUGGUCAGGUGAUGGAGAAGAAGUUAGUCUCAAUGGCAAGGGAGCUAGAGAAACUUCGUGCAGAGAUGGCAAAUGCUGAAAAAAGAGCUCGUGCUGCUGCUGCAAUUGGGAAUCCAGGUCCAGGUUAUAGUGCAAAUUACGGCAAUGUGGAAAGUAUUUAUCCAGUAAAUCCCUAUCCUGCUAGCUAUGGCCUGAAUCCCAUGAAUCCCAUGCAUCCUCAGGUGCAAACUCCCAUGGAAGGUUAUCCUCAAUAUGGACCUGGACCUGGUACCUGGGGUGCUUAUGACAUGCAGCGAGCUCAAGGACCCAGAUAAAUAAGUCCAUGCUAGACCGUGACCACUUAUUUUACCUUACUAAUAUCUGGUUGCAAGAGCUUGGAAGUGGGAACUUCCCAUCUCUCCUGCUUGAUUUGUUGAUUUUUCACUUCACAAGGGAUGUUCUUGCUUUUUUGUAAAUUUGAAGGAGCUUGUACUGGAUAAUGUACAUGGGGUCUGAGCUGCCCUGAGGGUUGCUAAACGAACUAAGAGUCUUAUGGUCUUAUUUUACCUAAAAUGAAGCGUUUUACACCUACCCCUCAAAGCUGGAAGAAAGCUGACAAUCUGUGAUCUGGAACAAAGAGUACCAGAGUACUUCAUUACGUAGUUGAACUAAGAUUUACCUGUUUGAAUUCAUUAACAUAUUUCUGGCAAUUUGAUUCAUAAGGUUUACAAUGUAAUUGUGAUCUUUUAAAGAAAUGUAUGGGUUGGUAUCUGUUUACUGUGGCAGUGCAUGGCUUGGGCUCAAAGCAGUAUGGAUGAUGCUCUACAUGAAAAUGUACCGAGAGGCUUGAACGCAAGAGGAUCAUUUUGCAAGAGCAGAAACAGAUGAUAAUCUACCUCGCAAACAUUCAGCUCCCCUUCAAUCCCAAGGGUGCAUAACUUGGCAUUACUCGGGCUGAAACGUACAAGCGCAUGCUCUUUGUAAAGGGGAGUGGAUACUUCAAUGGAAUCUCUUGUUGUCAAGUCUUCAGUACUUGAAUGCGAAAGCAGCAUGAUCCAUAAUGGUUUUAGGUGACAGGAAAUUGUAUUUGAAUGGUAAAGACCGAGAUUAAACUUGUAUGAGAAGAUCUGCCAUUAGGGUUGGUCUCAUGUAUUUGAGCUGGCAGUUCUAUUUGCAUUUGGUGCAUUGGACCCAAUUUACUAUGUGUACUCGCAAUCCUUGCCAGGACUUUGUUGUAUGAAACUUCGAAGAAGUUUAAUAAAACAAUGAAAAUUUUUAUGCCA